AGCUGACUCGAUUAGCAGGGUUGUGUUCGACUUUGCAAGCAAAAAGAAAAAAAAAAAAAAAAAUGUUAGAAAAGAAGAAUACACACCGAAAAACCACAGAACCGCAGUGGCAUUUAAUAAUAGGUCAGAAGUCGAGCUUUUAUUGCGAUAUUUGAAGGUUUUGGGUACACGAAUCAAGCCAAAGCUCAUAAUGGCAUUGUCUGUGUGAUGUCAGUGGCUGAGAAAACACAGUCCUGCUGGGCCCAGCAAUAUAUCAUACCGUGCCGUUAUAAAUACAGAUUACUGCUUUAUAAUACCAAGUAACAACACUGAAAAUGGACCUGCAUUUUUAUUCCGGUCUGUCAGACGGCUUAAAUCAGUCAAACGAACAGCAAUUCUUGGAUACUUCGCACAGCUACAACGGCUUCAACACUAUAAACAAGUUUCCUGGAGGGAACGAUCACUAUCUCACCAUCAGUGGAGCUGGACACCCCUUCCUCUCGUCGGCAGAGACCUUCCACACCCCAAGCCUAGGGGAUGAGGAGUUUGAGAUCCCCCCCAUCUCGCUGGAUCCUGAUCCCUCCCUGGCGGUCUCCGAUGUAGGGCACUUUGACGAGCUGCAGGACCCUGCCCUGACUGCAGGGGGCAGUGUUGGGGCCGACCCCGUGGGAUACAGCGCCCCUUUCACGUCCCAGGGGCUCGAACACCUCAACAUGGAGGGCGGAGGGGGGGAGCUGAUGGGAGCAGCACUCAGUAUGGACCUGUCUCACUCACUGGGCUCCCAGUACAGCUCCAGUUCUUCCAUGACCAUUGAUGUGCCUCUGUCAGACCUCAACCACCAUGGGCUGCUGGGCCAUGGGCAACUGACCACCAUUGACCAAUCAGAGCUGACCUCGCAGCUGGGCCUGAGCCUGGGGGGAGGGACCAUAGUGCCCCGCCCACAGUCCCCAGAGGAGCCGCUGUCUGCUACGCCCUCCCCCUCCAGCUCCCUGCAGGAGGAGGCGGCUGAAGAGUUCAAGAGGCACAUCAUAGUGGAGUCCCCUGUCACCAUGUCCCCUGGGCUGCUGGGAGUGAGUGAGGGGGGAGGGGGCAGCGUGGUGGUCCGCAGAGCGAAGCCCCCCAAGAAGACGAAGAAGAAGAAGAAAGAUCCGAACGAGCCCCAGAAGCCGGUGUCGGCCUAUGCGCUGUUCUUCAGGGACACGCAGGCAGCCAUUAAGGGGCAGAACCCCAGCGCCACCUUUGGGGAGGUCAGCAAGAUCGUGGCUUCCAUGUGGGACAGCCUGGGAGAGGAGCAAAAACAGGUUUACAAAAGGAAGACUGAAGCUGCCAAGAAGGAGUACCUGAAAGCACUGGCAGCCUACCGGGCCAAUCAAGUCUCUCAGACCGCAGUGGAAGUCAUGGAUACAGAGCCACCUUCAACACCCCCACCCCCAGCUGCCCCCAAGCAGACCCGCUCACACGCCACCUCACCUAGUGCCAACACCAAUACCAUAACCAACAUCUGCACCUCCAACAUCAUCCUGAACCACCCACAGGUCAUCACCCGGUCCAGAACAGGGGCUAUUGCACCCUCGCACCCCCCUCUCUCCUCCCAGAGCAGCCCCAGCCAGCACACUCGCACCGUCACCAAGAUCAUCAUCUCCAAACAGAUGCUGGCGUCCAGCUCACACCACCAGCAAAUCCCAACCUCUGUGGUAACAGUCAUCCCCGCCUCUAGGGGGCUCCAAAUCCAGCAGACUGCUCCCACUGUCACCCCCGCCUCUAAUCCUCGCCCUUUUCUCAGCCAACCCCCUCCUCUUCAGCAAAUGCAGCAGCCCCCACCCCCCCGCCUGCAGCAGAUGGUGCAUACCUCCCAGCAGCUGCCCCCGCCCCCUUUGCAGGCCAAACCUAGAGGGGCGGGGCUGACCAUCACCACAGCUCCUCCCCCUCCCCUGCAGAUCAAGAUACUCCCUGCUCCUGCUCCAGUAUCCUCCCCUCUGCAGAUUCAGGCUCAGCCUGUUGCUACUGUGGUCUCGAGCCCGACCACUCCUCCUGUCCUUGUCAGCCCCCCUCCUCCUCCUCCUGCUCUCAUAGUUGGUGCGGUCUCUGCUUCCACCGCUUCCUCCUCCCCCCCUGCCUGUUUGGAAGUGGCACAGUCUGUUGGGGGGGGUCCACUGAUUUCUGCUACUUCCUCCUCCUCUCCUCCUCCCCUACCUGGGGCUCAAAUGCAGGAAGAGGCCGAGGACUUCAAUGCUGGAGAGGUAUUUAUGUCUCGUUUUAGCAUCAUUGUUAUUAUUGCAGGGUUUGUUGGGGUUCAGAGCUCCCCUCAAGGUAGUAUAUUAUUCACAUGAUCAUGAGUUUGAGGU